AUGUACAUUGGCGGCGGCCUGGGGCCGUUCAGGCAUCCUCCUGUCCAUGAGACAAUCACGCUGGCAGCAUUGAUACACUCCGAGUUCAAGCUCGAUCCAGCGACAACAUACCUCAAUCUGAUUCUUGAAAAACAAGCCGAUAUUUUGGAGUUCCUGCGCGGGAUUGUUUGGAACGAUGAUCCUUCAAAUCUGCUGUUCAACAACCAAGGGUGGUUCAAUCCGAGCAAUGAGAACUACAGUCGUGGCAUCGGGAAAGACUGGGCAGUGCAGUUCGCCGAUGGCGCUAUCUUUGAUGCCGACUGCACGAAGGAUGGAUGGCUAGGGCACAAGAAUCUCAUCGCGCGAUCACAUUUCGGGGAUUUGCAAUUCCUACACAGCAUGGCCGAUGCUCCAGGAGAAGCCCCCGAAGAGACGAAACGGAAGAUCAUGAUGUGGCUCCAGAUCAUGUAUCGGGUUGCUCUGGGCGAGAUCACCAACGAAGUGAAGCUUCGCGACAUCAAGACCAUAGGUGAUGGAACUGAGACGACGUACCCGCUACGCGACCUUUUUGAUGAGGGAACAAUACCGAAUGAGAAUGACACGGUCAACACGCUGCUCACAACGAACGGCACGUAUCGAAAAGUGAUGCAUGAUCGCCGUGCAUUGGGGAGUUGCUUGCACCUCAUUCAGGACUCAUAUGCUCGCGGCCAUUGCCAUCGCGAAUUGCUCUCUGACAGCAUCCCUAGACGUUAUGGAAGGAUCGUGAAUUUCCACUCUUUUCGAGGCCAGAAUGCGGAGGAGCAUCAGAAGUACGAUUUUGGAGACAAAGAGUUCGACAAUGUCAACGUCUCUGAUAUCUCAGUGUACGAAGACAUGGAUGGGUGCACUGAUGCUGUACAUGCAAGCACAAAACUGAUCGAUUUCUGGAUGAGAAAGGCUCCAUGGGACGAAGUACGAGAAUGGCUGGAGGAUGAAGUCUUUGCGAUUUCUCCUGAUGUCACACCUUCAAACACGAGAGUCGACUAG